AUGGCGUCCACCUCCACUUCCGCCGCUGCAUCCGCCUCGGCGCAGCCACCACGCCCCGCAUCCUUCGACACAGGCUACCAAGACAUCUUCGACGCCCCCGAGCGCCCGCGCGAGCCCAGCACGCACGUCCGCUUCGCCGCGGCGGGCCCGUCGCGCGCAGCGUACUCCGCGCCCAGCCCCGCACUGUCCUCGCUCCCGCCCCCCGUGCUGUUCGACGGCCCCGCGCGCCCGGCGCCGUCCCGGAGCGUGUCGGUGUCGUAUCGCGCGUACAGGGCGUAUCCGGCGAAGGUGUGGCCGAGAGCCGCGGCACGGGUACGGACGAGGGCGUCGGUGGCGAUGUCGGUGGUCCCGCUCGUUGUCUCGGGCGUGGGUGUGGGCGUGCUAUUCGGUAUUGACUAG